GGGCCGGCCCCGGGGCAGAGCGCGGGGCGAGAUGGACAAGUACGACGACCUGGGCCUGGAGGCCAGCAAGUUCAUCGAGGACCUCAACAUGUACGAGGCCUCCAAGGACGGGCUCUUUCGGGUGGACAGAGCGGCCGGCAACAACCCCGAGUUCGAGGAGACCCGGCGGGUCUUCGCCACCAAAAUGGCCAAGAUCCACCUCCAGCAGCAGCAGCAGCAGCAGCAGCAGGAGGAGAUGCUGAUGGCAGCCGCCGCUGCCUCGCUCAAUGGCGGGGCCGGCUUGGGCACCCCACAGCCACGGUCCAGCCUGCCGGCACCCCGGGGUGCCCAGCCGGGGGGCGGUGGCGGUGCCAAGCCGCCCCUGGCCUCCGCGACCGGACCCCAGCCCCAAAUGGCGGCCGAGGGUCCCGGCUGCAGCCGGCCAGGCGCCUGCAGGGCCUUCCCCGCACCCACUGCGGGGGACUGCGGCACCUCGGGGGGCCAGGCAGGGCGGCGGGGCUGGGAAGUGGAGCCCCGUGGAGACCCCCAGGAGAACGGCGGUGAGGGCCGGCGGGGCGGCUGGGGCCGGGAGCCGAAGCCGGCCGGGCAGAGGUCCUCGUCCUUCUCACACGUACGCAGCGCCCCAGCACCCUCAGUUGGGCGCGAGGAUGGAGUGCCGGCAGCCAUGCCGCAGCACCGGUCCUCCUCUUUUUCGGCUCCCAUGGCACAGCCCACCACGGGAUUUUCAGCCCUCGCCGAGCCCUGCGGUCCAAGGGCCACUGUGGAUGGGCCGGCUGCUGACGGCAGCCAGCUGUGGUACCAGGGCGGCCCGCGGGCCUUCCCACCCAGCUCCGCUCCCAGCGUGGACUACCAGCAAGCUGGCACCCACCCUGGCCCCGCUGGCCACUUCGUGGCCCACGGCCACAACCACCGGCCCAACGGUGGCCCUGAGCUGGGCACCUCGCACCCAGCAGCAGCACACGGUCCAUUGACUUCUGAUGCACCGAAGCCACCUUUCAAAGAGAGCAUCAGCAGUCUCCAUCCCGACGGCGGGCACCAGGAGGGCUCCGGCGCAGCCAAAGUCAAGUUGCCCUGCCAGACCCUCCUUCCGCAGCAGGAGCAGGGGCCGUCUGCGGCUGAGCUGAAGCUGGAAGCGCUCACCCAGCGCCUGGAGCAGGAGAUGGAUGCUCGGCCUAAGGCCGACUACUUCGGAACCUGCGUGAAGUGCAGCAAAGGGGUGUACGGAGCAAACCAGGCUUGCCAGGCCAUGGGCAACCUCUACCACGAUGGCUGCUUCACCUGCGGAGCCUGCAGUCGAAAGCUGAGAGGAAAAGCCUUUUAUUUUGUCAAUGGAAAGGUGUUCUGCGAAGAAGAUUUCCUGUAUUCUGGUUUCCAGCAGUCAGCUGACAGGUGUUUCAUUUGUGGCCAUUUGAUAAUGGACAUGAUCCUGCAGGCUCUAGGGAAAUCAUAUCAUCCAGGUUGCUUCCGAUGUGUGGUCUGCAAUGAGUGUCUGGAUGGUGUGCCAUUUACUGUAGACACUGAAAACAAAAUCUACUGUGUCAGAGAUUACCACAAAGUUUUAGCUCCAAAGUGUGCAGCAUGUGGACUUCCCAUUCUGCCCUCUGAGGGGUCUGAUGAAACCAUUCGGGUCGUGUCCAUGGACAAGGAUUACCACGUGGAAUGUUAUCACUGUGAGGACUGUGGGAUGGAGUUGAAUGACGAAGACGGGCAUCGCUGCUACCCUCUCGAUGAACAUUUGCUUUGUCACUCCUGUCACCUGAAACACAUAGAGAAUGGCACAACCCCAGCAGCUGUGUACCAGCAUCACUACUAGCCAGCAUGGCUGAUAUCUGGAAGCCCGGACAGACAGCUUGUUACGUGAUCUCCCUCUCCCCACCCUCAGUUGAUUUCCUGUGCAUGUUUUUCUCCAAUUGGCAGUUUUCCUGUAAAAGGAUAUGAGAGAUGUUUGCUGGAUUCUCAGAGCCUGUAUGCGUGGGAGUUCCAGCUGUAUCAAACUAUGUCUACUUGACCAAGAAUGUGGCAUGUUAUCUAAGCUGACUGGUCUACUCUUACGUGCCUUUUUCUGCUAUCUGGAGAUUCCUUUUGGUUCAUUUUGGAAGGCUCUUCAGAGAAAGCACAACUUGCUGUCAUGCCUAUGAACUCAGAUCGUGCCGUGCACAAUUGAAAAGCCAGAGGCUGGCUUGCCUGCCUCCAGGGAACGUUCCUGGGAAGUGUUUCCUGACAAGCACAUUUCACCAGAUUCCCUGAAGGACAUCAAAUUAUUAAUACCAGUUUUUAGACACUCUCUCUCUUAGUAAUUCUUUAGGAAAAUAAAAGAAUGGAGUCUGCACAAAAUGGUGCACUCAGACCUUCCAGUUAAUUCCCUGAACUCUGGUAUCAAGUCUGGCUGUAAAAGCACCAACUCUCCGAGCACAACCCAGGCAUGCUGGCUAGCAGCUGGAGAUCAACAUCCCAUUUCAAACAGAACAAGAAGCUGGAACAAGCUGGACUAAAAUACCACAGUGACUUUGGACCUGGGCUGCUGCUUGCGUGUUGCUGCAAUACACAGGGGCCAGUCUGCUGUGUCAGAGUCUGAAUAGCAGAUUAUGUUUGGAAAGGUUGGGAUACUGGAAGUGUAGAUGCCAGGGAAAUUCAUCUUCGUUCUUGCUUGUAGAGCUCACUUUGGAAAAAAGUUCUCCGUAUACAAAUAUUUGCUUGAGG